AUGGCUAAUAAUCGUCAGCGAGAGGAGUUGGCUCACGGGGCUUCCUUGAAGGACUUGACUGAUGACUUGGUACAACAGCUGUCCCAAUUCACAGAAAGUGAAAAGUUCGGCUCGGAGCUCGAAGACCUGGAGCAGAAGCUGUCGACAGCGCUCUCCAUGGUUCGCUCGUUCCGGAAUAUGGCGUCCCCCGUCCACCGUUUACCACCAGAAAUCUUGGCCAGUAUAUUCCAACGGCUGCAAGACCUCUCUACGCCAUCAUCGUACUUCCCUCAACUCAACGGCAGUGCCGACUUCGCUGCCAACACGUACCCGCUUGAACAGGUUGCCCUCGUGUGCCGAAGAUGGAGAGAGGCGGCGCUCGCAGUACCAGCCCUAUGGUCUACUAUAUUCCACGCAAACGAUGCUCUGAUACAUAGGUGCAUCUCCAGAUCGUCCGCGGCAUCGUUGAAUGUAUUCAUCCAGUGUCCUUGGCACGGGAUAGCUGUCGAGCAAUCACUAAGCCGAGACCUGCCCCUCAUGCAAGCCAUAAAACCCCACCUCGACCGAGUGCAGGAACUCCACCUUAUAGAAGUAUCAACUGCGUCCAUAAUGACUAGCGAUCUUUUGCAAUCCCCUGCGCCUAUGCUUGAAUCUCUCACUGUUUCAGUCGGAUUUCACGCCUUCUCCACGGUCCCAAAUGGGCCCGCACUCACAGCCCUCUUCAACGGCGAGACGCCGAAGUUGAGACAAGUAGCCUUCCAGGGCUUCACCUCUUGGUCGCCUAAUUUAUUCCAAAACCUCACCCACCUCACGCUCAGCCACCAGGACGCCACUCUACCUAUUCCGCUAUCGCAGUUUGUGUCCUAUCUAGCCGCUUGCCCUCUCCUUCGUGACCUAUCAAUCAUACGACCUGUAUUGACCUUUGGAGGCAACGCCGUUACUCCCAAGGUACCCCUUGACCAUCUGCAAACACUCAGCCUGGGUUCUUGGUCUGCUUCGCAACAUAUCUCCCUAUUCCUCAAAUCCAUCACCCUCCCUUCGUCCGUGAACAUAUUCAUCUGGGGAACUCGCCACAGCACAGACGACGCGAUCACCGACAUCUGCCCCUUCCCGCCGGCCUUCAUCUCCUCCCUCAACAUCACCCAACUUCGGAUUACCCACAACGCCGACCGGCAGCUAGGAUCCUUGGAGCUAGGCUGGGGGAACGAAGACAGCUUGUAUAACGUCUUCCUGACCCCCACUAAGCUCCAAAUUGACGGCCAAUUCCUUCCGGACAGCGUGCUUUUAGCUGCUCCCACGGCGUUUCCCCUCGCUACUGUGACAGAAUUAUGGAUCGGGUGCCAGUCGUACCCGGAACUCGAAAAAGAACAAUGGAAGACAUUCCUCUCGGAAUUUCCCCUUGUCAAAACGUUAGUCAUCUCUCGACGGUCGUCUCAGCCGAUAAUAUCAGCCCUCACCCUUGAGGGAGGCCCCGAUGAUGCGUCCGCGUCCGCGUCCCCGUCAACUGCAACUGCAAUGGCAACUGCUACUCAACUCCUCUGUCCUCACCUAGAAACACUUCGCCUCUACGCAGACACAUCGCGGUCUGUUCUUCGACUUGCCAUCCUAUCCGAGGAGCGAAUGCGCUUGAACCAUCCCAUUCUUACUUUACAAGUGAUUUCUUCCGCGACCCGACAUUCCUCCCGGCGUAACCGUUCCCCGGAGCUGAUAUCGGACCUGAUGUAUCUGAAGAAGUACAUCACAACGGUCGAGUGCAACCACAGGGAAUCCAGCAUGAACUGGGAAUUGAUAGAAGAGUGGCCGCCAAAAGUGUUUGAUUGGGUACAGGCUGAAAGACGGUGA